UAAAACAGGCCCCAGUGUAAUGACAGUAUGAAACAGAAUGAGGUGUGUGUGUAGUGUUUAUCAGGGACCCAGUGUAUUGAGGUCUGAGCCCCUGACUGUAAUCUGGGUAAUUUGACUAAUCUGAUUAUUCUGCUCUGACUGGGGCUGCACUCACACACACACAAGACCUAUGGGCUAUCCGAUUAAACUUGAGACUGAGGCAGCAGUGGUCAUUAAUAUUACUCCCUCAGUCGUUUGCACUGCCACACAUUUACAAGAGCUAUUGGCUGUUUCACUACAACACACACGAGGACUAGCAGCAGUAGCAGAACCAGGAUCGAUUUGGGACCAACUCAUACAGGAUACACUACUAAAGGACUCAUACCGAUCUCCUUUGACAACAGGAGGCCUCGCAGGAAUACUCAGUCUCAUACAGCGACAGACACAAACCUACGCUGGUCAAGCAGAAGUGUCUAGUGAGAGGCUGAGGGACCAGAGAAGACUUUUCUAAUGGAGCCAGCUGGUACUACUACUACUGUUACUACUGCUGCUGCCUACCCCCGGAAGAUUCUGGACUAUAUGGAAGGCUUCCUGGUCUCUAAGACCCUGUUCACAGCCUGUGAGCUGGGUGUGUUUGACCUGCUGGCCUCGUCACAGCACCCCCUGUCUCUAGAGGAGGUAGCACUGGGAAUCAGGGCCAGCCAGGACGGGACUGAGAGGCUCCUGGCAGCCUGCACCGGGCUGGACCUACUCAAUACACACACACUGGAAGGACAGGUGACGUACAGUAACACAGAGCAGUCCAGUGUGUAUCUGACCCAGUCCAGUCCAGUGUCCCUGACCCAGUCCAUCCACUACAGCUCCAAGACCAUCUACCUCUGCUGGCAUUACCUGACUGACGCUGUGAGGGAGGGCAGUAAUCAGUAUGAGAAGGCGUUCGGUGUCAAAUCUGAACAUCUGUUUGAAGCCCUGUACAGGUCUGAGGAGGAGAUGGUAAAGUUUAUGCAGCUGAUGAACUCCAUCUGGAACAUCUGUGGUCGAGACGUGGUGACGGCCUUCAACCUCUCACCUUUCACAACCAUCUACGACCUCGGGGGUUGUAGUGGAGCGCUGGCCAAGCAGUGUGUGUUGGCGUACCCAGAAUGCACUGUGACGAUCUUUGACCUCCCCAAGGUGGUGAAGACAUCCAGAGAACACUUUGUUACCGAUGACAACCAGAGGGUCAGCUUCCAUGAAGGGGACUUUUUCAAAGAUGCGCUGCCAGAUGCUGACCUCUAUAUUCUGGCGAGAAUACUUCAUGACUGGACAGACGCGCGCAGCAUAGAACUACUGACCAAAGUCUACAGGGCCUGCAGACCAGGAGGAGGUGUGUUGGUGGUAGAGGCGUUGCUGUGUGAAGACGGGUCAGGACCUCUGACAGCCCAGCUGUACUCUCUGAACAUGCUGGUGCAGACGGAGGGGAAAGAGCGGACGGCAGCAGAGUACACUGCCCUGCUGACAGCCGCAGGGUUUCAAAACAUACAGGUGGAGAGGACAGGCAAGAUUUAUGAUGCUGUCCUGGGACGCAAGUAGAGAAGUCUCUAUAUCUACUGUUGAUGUUGCUGAUGUCCAGAUCUGCUAUCUUAAUUUGAUCACUCUGUUGUCGCAGUGUAUUCAACGUUUGAAAGGGCUUCUUAAGUUUGUAAUUUCCACUACAAAAUAUCAGACUUGAUUAACGGAAAAUGAAUCAACCCCUACAAAAAUAUAGAUGAAUUACAACCUACAUAAUAAUUCACAUUUCCCUGCUGCUGGAGGUUUAUUAUUAACAUGGUCAAAUUAAAUGAUAGACCGUUAUUAUCUCUGUAGACCUGUCUAUCUCUGUAGCCUAGGUAGUAAACCUAUUGUCUUUGUAAUCUUUAUCUGUAUGUUAAAACCUUUGUUCUUCUGUUAUGAUAGACUAUUUACCCAUUAAAACUGUGUUGUUCUACGGUCAA